CUCAGCGGCCCCGGCGGCCUCAGCGUCCCCGUUAGCUCCGCGCCCAGCCCCGCGCGGCCCGCAGCGCCGGGAGGAUGUCGCGGCCCGUCAGGAACAGGAAGGUGGUGGAUUACUCCCAGUUUCAGGAAUCAGAUGAUGCUGAUGAUGAUUAUGGAAGAGAUUCAGGCCCCCCAUCCAAGAAAAUCCGCUCAUCUCCCCGAGAGGCCAAAAACAAGAGGAGAUCUGGCAAGAAUUCUCAGGAGGACAGUGAGGACUCAGAAGACAAAGAUGUGAAGACCAAGAAAGAUGAUUCACACUCAGCAGAUGAAGAUUUUGGCAGUGAGGACGACGACGUGGGAGCCGACGACGGCAAAGCCGACAGCGACUACGAGAGCUCCCAAAAAAGCAAAAAAGGAAAAAAGGCCAAACCAGACAAGAACAAGAGAGCAGCCUCCAAAUCCAGGAAAAGGCCUGCAGAGGACAGCGAGGAUGAGAAGGAAGAUCACAAAAAUGUUCGUCAGCAGCGGCAGGCGGCCUCCAAAGCAGCCUCCAAACAGAGGGAGAUGCUGAUGGAGGAUGUGGGCAGUGAGGAGGAGGAGCAGGAGGAUGAUGAGGCACAGUUCCAGGAGACAGAUUCAGGAAGUGAUGAAGACUUCCUCAUGGAAGAUGAUGAUGACAGUGACUAUGGCAGUUCAAAAAAGAAAAACAAGAAAGUCUCCAAGAAAUCCAAGCCAGAGAGGAAAGAAAAGAAAAUGCCCAAGCCCAGGCUAAAGGCUACAGUGACCCCCAGCCCAGUGAAAGGCAAAGGGAAGGCAGGUCGCCCCACAGCUUCCAAGGCAACAAAAGAAAAAACCCCAUCCCCAAAAGAAGAGGAUGAAGAACCUGAAAGUCCCCCAGAAAAGAAAAAAUCAGCCAGCCCUCCACCAGAAAAAUCAGGGGAUGAGGGCUCUGAAGAUGAAGCACCCUCUGGUGAAGAUUAAAAGGCAGUUGAGAGGAAAAAAAAUCUUUGUUUAAAAAAAAAAAAGAGGAAAAAAAAAAGAAAAAGGAAAAGAAAACAACACUUAGGGGUAGAACACGGUUUUGGCUGUGGCUUGACUCAUGGGCUUUGAAUGCUAUCUUUAUUUUCAGCUGGUUAAUCCAGUGAAAUUCUUUUUUAAUAAGAGAAAAACCCUUCUCUACAGUGAGAUUUUCAAGUCAGAAUGUUCUCUGUUGGUCAUUCUGUUCUCCCUCCCCUGCCAAAUCUGAAAAGCCAUUUGAGACAAAUUAGAACAAACCAUUGGAUUUCUGUUCAAUAUUGGAUUUCUGUUCAAUAUUGGAUUUCUAUUCAAUAUUGGAUUUCUGUUCAAUAUUGGAUUUUUAUUCAAUAUUUGAUUUCUUUCCAAUAUAUGAUUUUUUUUUCAAUAUAUGAUUUUUUUCCAAUAUUUUAUUUUAUUUUUUUUUCCCAAGGGAUACUGCAGUUGUGAAGCAAUAAGGUUUGAGACUGAUCUGUGGAAAAAAACCAUACUUAAAAAUC